AUGAUCAGUCCGUCCCAACUCAGCCUUGGGGCACACGACGCCGCCGUCUCGGCUGCGAAUCCGGUGUUCCGGAUCCUUAGCUCCCUGUGGGGUUUGCUCGCGCCGAAGCGAAUCCGUCUCGAAGAUGACCUGGCAAAGGAGCCCGAAAGGCUGGCCUCUCUUGUCAAGCCCAUCUGUACAGAUAUGCUGGAGGAGCUGAGCUACCCCGGGGUCCCCAAGCUCAAGAGAGAGUCGGUCGAAGCCCUGCUAAAAUACAUGUACAAGAGGGCCGUCGACAUCGGCUACCCCCUCGACACUCCCAUCUCCGCAAAAGCAUUCCGUUUGGGUUACUCACUGGGACUGGCACGUCUCUGUCAUCCCGGUCACCCAACAGAAGUGCAGGGUUUCGUCGGCCUCUUUACAUGGCUCGUGGUCCAGUACGAUGAUAUCGUCGGUCAGAACGAUGAGAUGGCCGAGGCCCAGCUCUUUCAGAAGCGUUUCUUCAACGGCGAGACCCAGCCCAACGCCAUGCUGGAGGGACUGGCAGGCCUCCUUCGGGAAGCCCCUCGCCUGUUCGACCCAGUCAUGGCCAAUCUGCUGCAGAUAUCGACCCUUAAAUUCUUGACUUGCAACCUUCUUGAGCGCCACGACGGUUUCCGAAACAUGCCUGUCACGCGGUCAGGAGUCAAGUUCCCGGACUUUCUCAGAGACCUGUCGGGCAUCAACGUCGCCUACGCUGUCUUCUGCUUCCCCAAGGCGCAGUACCCCGACGUUGGGCAGUACCUGGAAGCCAUCCCUGACAUGGCCAGGUUUAUCGACAUUUCGAACGACGUCAUGUCUUUCUACAAAGAGGAGCUCAGUGGCGACACGAGAAAUUACGUGCACAAUCGCGCGAUGGCGACCGGGAAGCCGGUACUCACCGAGCUUGAGGAGGUCAAGAACGAGGUGGUAGAAGCCGCUAACCGGGCCUCGACAAUCCUCAAGGGGCGUGGCAGAUACGAACAGUCCCUACACGAGAGCGUUCGAGGACUGCUGGCGAUGCACACGGCAAACCCCAGGUACAGGCUAGGAGAUUUGGGCCUGGCCGAAGAGCAUCCCCUGGGCCCCUUCGAGGACCAGAUCGGUGAGCUAUUCGACAGGAUGAAAGCGUGA